AUGCUGUGCCAAGGACAGCGCUGGUGCCAGGGCCGUGUCAGCAUCACAGGAGCAUGGAGACGACCUGGUGAAGAUGUGGAUUCCAAGGUAGUGUGUCCAGCUGUCACAGUCUGCUCACGACUGAGGAAUUUCUCUGAAUUUUUAGUACCAACACUGAGAAUAUCCAGGCAGGCGGGGACAAGUUGGUCACCCUACCCAGAGGUCAGUUCACCUCCCCACAGUGACACAUCACUUAAGGGAUUCGGUACUAUUGCUAAUAAAUAUCCGUUCUCUGGGCGUGCACGUAGCCCUGUUGGUGUGGAGGCGCAGGGCACCGUGCCCUGGAUGGUUAACAGCCGCGACAGCAGCAGGGCCCUGUGUGCCGGGUGCGGGGAAAAUCCCAGUCUGUGCCUCCGGCUCCGGGAGACCGCACGGCCCAAGCCCCGGUUGGUCCCGGGCGGCUGGACCACCUCCUCCCGGCUUGCCGCCUCUCCCAAGGUGGGUGUUGGCACUGCCCCGGUCGCCGUGCCGGCUGGCCUUGUGCCAAGCACCGGUGAAACGUCAUUUGUCUAG